UCAUGUAUCAUCGAAAUGUCGUGAGUAUUGCUAUAAAGCUAGAAGCGGGAUAUUUGGCAAAUAUAUAAUAUAUCGAUAAUAUACUAGGUAAAUCUAGUAUUUCAUCUAUUAAGUGUUUUCUAAGAAAUAAAGCAUCUUUCGACAAAAUUAAUAGCGAUUUUUUUUAAACUUUAAUCAUGUCCGACGAAAAGAAGGAGACUAAAACAGAAUCAGAGCAUAUAAAUUUAAAAGUUUUAGGCCAGGAUAAUGCAGUAGUACAGUUUAAAAUUAAGAAGCAUACACCUCUUCGAAAAUUAAUGAAUGCUUAUUGUGAUCGUGUAGGCUUGGCAAUAGCGGCAGUAAGAUUUAGAUUUGAUGGACAGCCUAUAAAUGAGUUGGAUACACCAACGAGUCUUGAAAUGGAAGAAGGAGAUACAAUAGAAGUUUAUCAACAACAAACAGGGGGAACGUGUUGAGGUUGAGAAUAUAUUAAUACACCACAGAAAAGUUUACAAACGGACUAAAAGAAAAUUUAUUGUUCCAGUGUAUAUCUUUCAUAAGAGAUGUUAGUGCUAUCUUUUUGCAUAUGACCGUCUUGGUCAUGUGCUUCUUAUUAAAGUGUGCUAAGGCGGUAAAUACAUUAUAUUUCUUUUCUAAUAUUUUUGGUAUGUUUUCUUAUUUACAAAUAAAUAUUAGCCUGUUGCUUGAACUUUUUGAUCGUGUACUUCAAGAUAAAAAAUGUUAUUCUCUAUAGUGUCUUAAAGGUUCAUUAAUUGUCACACACAUUUAAUAUGUUAGAAUAUUGAAUGAGCGACUGUUUUACAAUUAUUUGAUAAUAUAAAAACAACUUUUUUAAGUGUAGAUUGUAUAACAUGUUGAAAAAACACAAUGUUAUAUACCAUUAUGUAAGCAGACAUAAGUUUCUAUGAGGCAGAAGUCUUUGUAUAUGUGAACAUUUUCAAGAAAAUUCUCUACAGUGUAAUAAUAUACGUUUUAAAUAAUAAAUUUUUAUUUGUAAA